AUGGCGAUACCCAAGAAUAGUGGUACCCAGGGAUGGCAGUACCCAGGAAUGGCAGUACCAGGGAUGAUGCUGGUACCCAGGGAUGGCGGUACCAAGGAUGCUGAGGCCCUUCUCGAGCAGGCCAUGAUCGGGCCGUCGCCGAACCCCCUCAUCUUGUCCUACCUCAAAUACGCCAUCAGCUCCCAGAUGGUGUCGUAUUCCACGGUGCUCACGGCCAUCAGCAAGUUCGACGACUUUUCCCGGGACCUGUGCGUGCAGGCGCUGCUGGAGAUCAUGGACAUGUUCUGUGACCGCCUCAGCUGCCACGGCAAGGCGGAGGAGUGCAUCGGGCUCUGCCGUGCCCUCAUCAGUGCCCUCAACUGGCUGCUGCGCUGCGCCGCCUUCUACGCCGACAAGGGCAAGGAGCCGCUGGAGCAGGCGGCGGCUGAGGGCCAGCUGAAGAUGUGCCUGGAGCGGCUCGAGAAGAUGCUGGGGAGCACCAAGAACCGGGCGCUCGUCCACAUCGCGAAGCUGGAGGAGGCCUCGUCGUGGAGCGCCGUGGAGCAGUCCCUCGUGAAGCUGGGGGAGAACCUGAGCGGCCUCGGCAGCUCCCCGCUGCGCAGCCAGGCGGACGCCUGCGUCUCGCUCAUCAAGAGCAUCCCCACCAUGCUCUCGGUGCACAGCGAGCAGCUGAACAAGACCGGCUUCCCCACCGUGCACGCCGUGGUGCUGCUGGAGGGCACCAUGAACCUCACGGGAGAGACGCAGCCCCUCGUGGAGCAGCUGAUGAUGGUGAAGAGGAUGCAGCGCAUCCCCUCCCCGCUCUUCGUGCUGGAGAUCUGGAAGGCCUGUUUCGUGGGCCUCAUCGAGUCCCCCGAGGGCACGGAGGAGCUCAAGUGGACGGCCUUCACCUUCCUCAAGAUCCCCCAGGUGCUGGUUAAGCUCAAGAAGUACCCGCAAGGAGAGAAGGACUUCACCGAGGACGUCAACUGCGCCUUCGAGUUCCUGCUGAAGCUGACCCCUCUGCUCGACAAGGCGGACCAGCGGUGCAACUGCGACUGCAUGAACUUCCUGCUGCAGGAGUGCAGCAAGCAGGGGCUGCUCUCGGAGGCCAACAUGAACAACCUCGUUGCCAAACGCACGGCUGACAGGGAACACGCGCCGAGCUUGAGUUCGGCGGAGAACGCCAACAUCCAGCCCAACCCCGGGCUCAUCCUGAGGGCCGAGCCGACUGUCACCAAUAUCCUAAAGACCAUGGAUGCGGAUCACUCCAAGUCCCCCGAGGGCCUGCUGGGCGUCCUGGGCCACAUGCUGUCCGGGAAGAGCCUGGAUCUGCUGCUGGCGGCGGCGGCGGCCACAGGCAAACUCAAAUCCUUCGCUCGGAAGUUCAUCAAGCUGAACGAGUUCACGAAGCACAUCAGCGCCGGGGAGAGCUCCAAAGCGGCCUCGGUCCGAGCCCUGCUGUUCGACAUCUCCUUCCUCAUGCUGUGCCACGUGGCGCAGACCUACGGCUCCGAGGUGAUCCUCUCGGAGUCGAGCCCGGCGGGCGAGGUGCCCUUCUUCGAGACGUGGAUGCUGACGUGCAUGCCCGAGGAGGGCAAGAUCCUGAACCCCGAUCACCCCUGCUUCCGCCCCGACUCCACCAAGGUGGAGUCCCUGGUCGCCCUGCUCAACAACUCCUCCGAGAUGAAGCUGGUGCAGAUGAAGUGGCACGAGGCCUGUCUGAGCAUCUCGGCUGCCAUCCUGGAGAUCCUCAACGCCUGGGAGAACGGUGUGCUCACCUUCGAGUCCAUCCAGAAAAUCACCGACAACAUCAAGGGCAAGGUGUGCAGCAUGGCGGUGUGCGCGGUGGCCUGGCUGGUGGCCCACGUCCGCAUGCUGGGCUUGGACGAGCGGGAGAAGUCCCUGCAGAUGAUCCGGCAGCUGGCGACGCCGCUGUACGGCGAGAACACGCUGCAGUUCUACAACGAGCGCGUGGUCAUCAUGAGCUCCAUCCUGGAGCACAUGUGCGCAGACGUGCUGCAGCAGACGGCCACGCAGAUCAAGUUCCCCUCCACGGGCAUGGACACCAUCCCCUACUGGAACCUCCUGCCCCCCAAGAAGCCCAUCAAGGAGGUGCUCACGAGCGUGUUCACCAAGGUGCUGGAGAAGGGCUGGGUGGACAGCCGCUCCAUCCACAUCUUCGACACGCUGCUGCACAUGGGGGGCGUCUACUGGUUCUGCAACAACCUGGUUAAGGAGCUGCUCAAGGAGACGCGGAAGGAGCACACGCUGCGCGCCGUGGAGCUGCUCUACGCCGUCUUCUGCCUGGACAUGCAGCAGCUGACGCUGACGCUGCUGGGCCACAUCCUGCCCAACCUGCUCACCGAUUCCUCCAAGUGGCACACGCUCAUGGACCCGCCGGGCAAGGCCCUGGCCAAGCUCUCCGUCUGGUGCGCCCUCAGCUCCUACUCCUCCCACAACAAGGGCCAGGCGUCCACGCGGCAGAAGAAGAGGCACCGAGAGGACAUCGAGGACUACAUCAGCCUCUUCCCGCUGGACGACACGCAGCCCUCCAAGCUCAUGCGCCUGCUCAGCUCCAACGAGGAAGACGCCAACAUCCUCUCCAGCCCCAAUCGCUCCAUGAGCAGCUCGCUGUCGGCCUCGCAGCUGCACACGGUCAGCAUGAGGGACCCGCUCAACAGGGUGCUAGCCAACCUCUUCCUGCUCAUCUCGUCCAUCCUGGGCGCCAAGACGGCCGGCUCGCACACGCAGUUCGUGCAGUGGUUCAUGGAGGAGUGCGUGGAGUGCCUGGAGCAGGGCAGCCGCGGCAGCAUCCUCCAGUUCAUGCCCUUCACCAUGGUUUCGGAGCUGGUGAAAGUUUCCACCAUGUCCAGCCCCAAAAUUGUCCUGGCCAUCACCGACCUCAGCCUGCCGCUGGGCCGUCGCGUCGCCGCCAAGGCCAUCGCCGCCCUCUGAGCUCGGCCUCCCGCUCCUGCCAUGCAGGAGGGGACAGCGGCGCCGGGACGGGGUGGCCACGGGGACA